AUGGCUUACUACUUGAUGCCUCCGGAUGGAAAACAACCCACCAUCGCCCCAUCGCUGGUCAAAGAAAAGGUCAAUGGGUCAGUCAACGGGGAGACACACGUCAAUGGUGUUAAUGGCACCAAAUCCAAGGGCUCCGACUCGACGGGCAACCCCACCGUCGUACCCCUGGAGACCCUGAAGCAAUUUCACUGGACGUUCCUGAUCCGCCACCCGCGACGCGGUAUCCCCUCGUUCUACCGCUGCUGUGUCCCGCCGCUGGAUGAAGUCACAGGCUUCAAGAACUUCUUGGACAGCGAGGCCGGCUACGUGGAGCUCCGCCGCCUGUUUGAUUACCUGCGAGAGCAAAAACUGGUCGGGCCCUCCCUGGCCAGUGAGACCAAUGGAGCCCGGAAGGAAGGCGAGUACCCCAUCACGGUCCUCGAUGCCGACGACCUCCUCGACCACCCGGAGCCGGUCAUCCGCGCCUUCUGCAGGGAGACGGACAUUCCCUUCAGCCCGGACAUGCUGAAGUGGGGCGACGAGGAGAACCAAGAGUACGUCUCAAACGCAUUUGCCAAGUGGAUUGGAUUCCACAACGACGCCAUCGAGAGCACGAGCCUGACUGCGAGAACUCACCAUAAAACUGUCACCGAAGAGUCUGAAAAUGAGGAAUGGCGACAGAAGUAUGGCGAGGAGGGCCAGAAGAUCAUCAGGGCAUGUGUGGAUGAGAACAUACCUCACUACGACUACCUGAAGUCCUUUGCCAUCAAGUUCUAG